UUUGUCAGGAGCUUGGUGUCAUUGCAACGCUGUUGUGACUCGUGAGGGGGAAAUGCUGGUGAUCUAAGAUGUUGAUGGUGGUGGUGGCGGGAGAUCGGCCACUAUCUGACUUCUGACGCAGCUCCGGCCGCUGUUUUUAGUGUUUCAGCGGGAUUGCAUUCCUGAACCUGUUCACUCUUUCACUCAUUCAUUUUUGUUGGUUUUUAUUUUCCAUUCGCUCAUUUAUUACUGGGUUACACAAUGCCUAUCCCCAUUAUUGUUCAGGGGAUUCGGGAGGGUAUAGAUUCGAUUCCAUAUGCCUACACAGUUCUCAAGAUCGCGCCAUGGGUGCUACUCGUCGCCGCCCUCAAGUACUAUUUUGGGGGAGCUCGGAAUGGCUCAGAGCGGGUGAUGCACUCGAAAAUUGUCAUGAUUACUACAAAGGAUGGCUUGAAUGAGGAGUGGCAGGUCAAUUACCUGGGUAACUUCCACCUGCUUAGCAUUCUGAGUCCCGCGCUCAAGGCGCAGCCCGCUCACCGAGACGUGCGGGUCAUUUUCACCACAUGCUCGAGCUACAUUGGCGCGAAACUCGACAUGAAGCAAUUAGAGGCAGCGUCCAGCGGUUCUAAGCCGGCAGGGCGAACAGCGGCCAAGAAGAACGGAAAGACACAGAAGAAGGCAUCCGCGGAGAAGGAACCCAGCCUAUUCGGCCUGAGCAAACUCGCUCUGAUGAUUUUCGCAACCACCUUUCAGAAACACCUCAACGCAUAUCAACGUCCGGACAAACAGCCGAACGGUACCCGCGUUAUCGUCGUUGACCCGGGCCUCAGUCGAACUCCGGGAACCCGUCGCUGGCUGACGGGUGGCUCGCUCUGGGGUCUGCUUAUCUACCUUCUCACCUGGCCACUGUGGUGGCUUGUCCUCAAGUCUCCUCAGCAAGGUGCGCAGAGCAUCUUAUAUGCCGCCAUGGAGGCACGGUAUGGCCGUGGCGCCGGCGGGUGGAUGGUGAAGGAAUGUCGGGAGGUUGAUUUCUCCCGAAACGAUAUCAAGGAUGAGGAGCUCGCGAAGAAACUUUGGGAAUUCAGCGAAAAGCAAAUUGAAGCGAAGGAGAAGGAGGGUGCACUCAAGCGUGCCCAGACUAAGCCGAAGGAGAAGGUCACUGACAAGGACAAGAGCGCAAAGCAGGAAAAUACAAAGGGCUCAUCAACGUCGGGAGCUGGCGCCGCAAAGGAGCAGACCUCUGGGUCCAGAAGGAGCCGUAAAGCAGAUCAAUAGAUUAUGUUGAAACCCCUCAGUUAGAGCAACGUGUAUAGAAUUACCUUGCAAUUCUGGUUUUUGCAUGUGUACAGGAGUAGAAGAAAAGAAAGAUUAAGGCAA